AUGGAAAGUAUGUGUUGCGUUUUAAAAGACGUGGUACCGUCAGAUACUGGAAGAUACACCUGUAACGUCAGUAACCAUCUUGGAUGGAUCAACCAUUCAUACUAUGUUGACGUGCAUGGUAAGGUGUUGCUUUGACUCACAUGAUCUACAGCCACAACCCCCCUUAUCAAGAGCUUCAUUGCUUGGGGAGGGAGAGGUAGGGGAGGCGAGAGAGGAAAGGGCGGGAGUUGGGAGUUCUAUAAGUGUGGGAAGCAGGAGAAAUAGGGAGGAACUAUGCAGUAAUGCUUUAUAUUUUUUAAUCGAAAAAAACGGCUAAAGGGAGGAAGCUAAAAAGGCGGUUGGAGCCGGGAAUGCAAGGUACGAGAGAAGGGAGCAUUUGACAUGACUCCCCUGCCCACAGGAGAGGGCAAGAGAGUCAUACUCUAGCAGUUAUGGUAGAAGGAGAUGAAAGUAGCCGGCCAAAGAUGGCUAACUAGCAGGCCGUUUUGGCCGGCUACCGGCCCUUAUUAACAGCCCUGUGUAUGCUAGCGACCUCAACACUAAUAUAUAGAUUUAGCCAGGGAUAAAAGCGAAGCUCUCGAUAAUUUUAUAUUUAGUUCAAACAAAAUAUCAGGGUCGUAACAUGGUAUAUCCGGGACCCAUUGAUCCCUAUUUUCUUGCCGUUAUUUUGAUCCCUGAGCCCUGAUAAAAGAAUUGAUCCCAUCCAUGUUUUUACACAAAAUUUUAAGUUAAGCAACUUUGUUUAUCCCCAAAUGUAGAAUAUAGAACAUGCUCAAAUGGGCUGAUGAGAAAAACAUUAACUUUAAUUUUUAGUGCAAGUUGUAGGUUCUAUCAGAGCUUUGUAUUCUGCUAUCCCUGUUGAUCUUGUAGUCUUAUGUGAAUUUCCUCUUUCACUCUGUGUGUGUUACAGUGAGGAUCACAAUCAAUUACCAAUAGCAAAAUACCUGCUUUACGUGAAGUAGAAACUUAAAUGACGCAAGCCACUCGUUCUACAGUUUAACAGCUUUUCUGUGUCAAACCCAUUAAUGGCUUUUCCUGGCUUAAUAACCAUUGUAAAUAGUCAGAGGACAUAUCUGGUUGUAGGUCUUCCAGACCUAGCUCCUUCCAGCUUCAAAUCUAAUAGGCUCUGAAAAGUUGUCCACCUGAGCUUGUUCCCUUUCCCCUUCGUCACCACCUGACGCAGGUGAAUCAUCUGAUUCAACUGACCCCUGGAGCAAUGCAGCUAGGCGUUACUCUUCAAGGCAGCUCAAACAGAAGUUGUUUCCAUCUUUUAUUAUUUGAACUUUCCCGAUGAUACACUUAAGUGAAUUUCUAUCAUCACGGUACCCAGUCUGGUAUACAAGGGGAUCUUCUUGUAACUGUUCCAGCCAUCUCAAACCCAUGUGAUCUUCCAGGAAUGCGUCACCCUGCGUUAUGGUGGAAAUCUUUUAAAAGAACUGCAAGGAAGAAAGGAUGAUAUACCUCUUGUAAUUGUGCUUGAGAGCAACUGCGUCGCCUUUAGAACAGAUAAUCUCAAAUUCUUCGGCUGCGUCUUGAACUGUAGUUUCUCCUUCACUCCCUUGAACCUCUUUCAGCAGAUCGACUUCUCCAUAUGCCGACACAUUCCUUCUGAACAUACUCAGAGCAAGUGGAAGUGUACCAGCUCUUUCUUUGGUCUUCCCUCUCGUUCGUUGCUGUCGUACAUCCCGUCCGAAUUCUUUCGCAAAGCUCUGCAAUGCCUUCCUUUGUCGUUCCUUUCCCCUCCGCGCUCGUUUCCUCGUCCAUAUCUUCCUUAAGGUUUACUCUUCCCGUGCGACUUUCAAAGCCAUUCCGGUGCCUUUGGACCCAGCUUUCUCUGUGUGUAAUGGCUUUGAGGACCGGUAUAAAAGAUAAAGAGGAUUGGUAGAAUCUCUCUAUUGAUUCUAAAAAGCAGCUGGGCCGCAGGAAUGCGUAGUCGUUCGGAGCGGGUGUUCUCACUCCACUAAGAAAUUCAGGCUUUAAAUCUAACGUGAUGAUACCUUUCGGGGCCAACCAUUACAUAAGCCCAGGCCGAAAAGCCCAAAGGGCCGAAAAAAUUCUUGUAGAUCAAUAUUGUCACUAAAGUCUGUAAAUUUUGUGCAAAACAAAAUAGCCACUGCACGAAUGAGGUCUGAAAAAAUCUUGCAAGAAAAAAAUAACCCAUCCCCAGCUCAAAAAUCAAAUAGUGGGCCCCUUACUGGUGCCCUUCAUGCUGAGUGCUAUAAGUAAUUAUUUUAAAUGAAAAUAUGUUAAAUUCCUGCAGACUCUGCUACUUGUACAUAGAAUGCAAUAUUCCUUUCACCAAUUCAACCGUUUAUUUUAUAAAAAAAAACUAAAGAAAAUAAACUAUAAAGGUUUUUGUUACUUUUAUUUCACCGAGGUAAGUCUUUGGUGUUCCACUUAUUUUCACUAAUUCUACACUGUAAUUUAAGACUAUUUAUCAUACAAACGUUUAUCAACAGUAAUGGAAUGUGUCCUUUACUUUCCCGGCCCAAUACUAGUACUGGUAGGUGAACCGAUCUCGGUUUCUCAUCAGAGUUCGAGAUAACCUUAAAACUCCAUGCAGUUAGAGUAGACUUUAUUAAAUUGCCAGAACGCAUUUAUUUUGCAACAAAGCGCACGAAUUCAUUGUACUUUUGUAUUCUACUUUUGACGUCCAUUCUAAUUAUUUAAGUACUUUAAGAGUUAAGUUACUGGUCAAGAAAUACGAACCUCGAUUUAUAGUCGCCUUCUGACUUGCUUGAGGCGAUGAGGCAAUCGGGACCUAUACAGUAAAUUCCGCUUUCAAUGAAUCGGUUUGUCUGUUGUCCUGGCGGUGUUAUGUUUGAUCGGCCGAAACUCUAGGCUAGGACCCUUGCCAGGAGUAAGUCAAGGAAGUACUUACAUACCUUACUCUGUCACAGGAUUUCUUUUUGUCCUUUUUCUUCUUCCCCAUUUCUCACAAAAAAGAUGUAUAAAUCGCUUUCAGUGCGCUUUCUCUGCCUUCUGACGUUGACAGCGCUUUCAGGAGUUGCGUUACAAAGGGAAAAAAUUGACUUGAGAUUCAUAUUACGGUGCCCUCAACAAUUAAUAAAUUAAGAAUAUGAUACAAUGUUUUCGUCAAACAGCCAGGACUUCGUAUGACAGGAACUGCCGCCAGCUGGAAGCAAGAAUAGGUAAUGUACCUCGGCCAGGAAAUUAUAUGGACACAAACCUUAUUAAGCGGGAAAAUAUUGAGAUAAGAGAUUUUUAGACCGUGUAAUAAAUCUGAUCCCUGAUUAGGGCUCAAAAGCCUUGUGAUCCCUGAUCCCAUUCUUCUGAGCCCUGAGCCCUUUCCCGAGCCCUGAUCCUGGUCAUAUUUUGGGCUUUGAGCCCUGAGCCCAUAUACCAUGUUACGACCCUGAAAUAUAAAAUCGUGUAAUGCUAAGCGGCGAAGGCAACGCCGGAGAACGGUGAAAAACAACAAUAUGUCUAAUUAGCAAAAACGCAACUUUGCUCGUGCAGCACGCUUUUUUUGUACAUUUCUUUGCCGUUGUUUUGCACGACUACAACGUUAAACUUCCCGGCAGAAACUUCUUAGUUACACGUUUUAUGGAGAAAAUGUCAUACUUUUUCUCGUUCACUUUUAUAAUAAAGUUCUUACUUCCUUACUUACUUACUUACUUACUUACUUAAAAACAAUCUAAAAUUAACACUUCAAAGCUGAAGAAAUUCGAUUUUGUGAAAAAAGUGCUUUUGCCUGCAAAAUGACUUCACUUUUACAUGAUUGUGUAACUCUAUUUCACAAACAUUUACAGUCCAUGGCGAAUUGGAAGAAAAAAAAUGGCCGUUUCAUUUUGGACACUCCUUCAGUCGAGUCUAUUGUGCAUAUAUAUGCAUAAAGUCCUUCAGCUUGUCAUUACUUCAACGAUACUCUCAUAGUAUGACCAUCUUUUUUUCUCUUUCGUACACAUAGAACGAACCCGUGCCAAGCCAGUUGUCAUUCCAAUGAUAAACGCAACUGCUUUUGUUGGCGAAAGCGCCACGUUGCUAUGCAGGGCAUAUAGUGAUGCUAUGCCUCAUUUCCAGUGGUUACGAUGGUUUCCAAUGCAUUUCAACAGCUCUGGUAACAGCACUGAAGGCAGCAAAUUUCAGUAUGAAGUCAUAAAACAGAACCAGCAA